AUGUGUGGGUUUUUUAGGGUGGGUGUGCUGGAUCAGAGAUAUGUGAACACCUUGCUGAAGCUGGUUCCUCGAGUGCUGGCCCUCCAGGAGCAGCUCAGAGAGGCAGUUCAGAGCGGGGACAUGGAGACCUGCCACGGUAUCUGCCGGAUCGCCGUAACGCUGGGAGAAAACCACUCCAGGACUCUGUUGGAGCAGGUGGAUCACUGGCAGGGCUUCCUGGCUCUAGUCAACAUGAUCAUGUUUUGUACGGGCAUCCCCGGCCACUACCCGGUCAACGAGACCACCAGCUCGCUCACACUCACCUUCUGGUAUACACUACAGGUAAGGAAUGUUAAAUCUGAUCUGAAAGAUAAAGUUACGUUGUG